AUGAAUAAGCAACAAUUGCAACGCCUUAAAAAACGCACAUCAUUUACGCCAUCGCAAACACUAGCAGCAAUCAAGAGGCAGCAACUACGUAAACAACAACAAAAACAACAUAAUAAGCUAAACAACAACCAAAUGAUUGUCGAUGUGAGCAACUACAAUAUAGCUGUCGUAGCACCAUCCUCAUCAGCAGCAUCAUCAGCAUCAGUAGCAGGAGCAGGAGCAGCAGCAGCAUCAAUAGUAGCAUCAUCAUCAUCAUCGGUAGAAGCGACAUUGUCAGCUUCAACAACAAUGUCAUAUAUCAAUAACAAAACUGAUGGAUCAUCAACUAAGGCACGAGUGGACAAUAAGCGCAGAGUGAAACGUGCUACUGAUGAGGCACAAAAGACAACAUACAAUAACACAAAGAAAUCGGUAAGAAUAUCUACAGCAACAGCAACAACAUCAACAACAAUAAGAGCAGAGAAGAAGAAUAAGUUAAAACAUACAACUAAGAAACAAAAAUCAAAUUUAUCACUGUCGAGCGAUAGGAAAUGGCAGAAAAAUAAAAAUAUGGCAACUGCUGAGAACAUUCUUAUUGGUAAUGGUGAAAAAAAAUAUCAUAAUAACCGUCGUAAAAACACGCAUAAACGUGAGGUAAGUCCGACAAGGGUAAUCCAUCAUUAUGAAAGAGAAACGGAAACGGAAGUUGAUGCAGCUAGAAUCGCAAAAAGAGAAACUGCAACUGCAGCAGUUGUCGUUAAGCACACAAAUGCAACAAAAAGAACAAGUAAACAUCUUGCAAAUGCAAAAACAUCAAUAAUAGCUGCACAAUAUGAAAGUCAACAACAGCAACACCAACAACACCAACAACAUCAGCAGUACAGUAAACCAGGACAACAUGAAGAAACAUUGCAGCAGCAACUUACAACUCAGCGAGAAUUUAAUGACUUUAGCAACAAGAACAAGAACAAGAACAAGAACAAGGACAACGAAUUACGAAAGCAACGAAAUGCAGACAAUGCCAAAAAGGACAAUUUAGAAAAAAUACGCAUACGUAAAUCAUUGACAAUGCAAAAUAAUAUGGAACGGCAUACCAUUGCCAGCAAAAACAAAAAUGGCAGCAAUAGCAAUAACAAUAAUGUUGCAAGCAAUAUAAAAAUACCGAAUGCACCUUUAAUAAGCAACAACAAUAACAAUAGCAAUAUGAAAGGACAAGAAAGUCAACAGGAACACAAACAACGAAAUACAAAAUCCAACGAAUUGAAUGUUGCUAAUAUUAAUAGUGCCAUUGUCAACAAUAUGCAGCAAACAAUAAAUGAUCUUAAUCAAAUAGAAGAUAUUGUUGCUAGCAAUAUUGUUGAUUCUGAAUCCGUCAACGACAUAUUCGAUAGCAAUUUUACCAAUAAUGAUGAGGAUAUUGAUGCUGAUAUUGAUGUUGAUGCUGAUGCUGAUGCAGAAGCUGACGCUGAAGCUGAAGCAGUAGCUGAAACUGAAACUGACAUGGAAGUUGAAAAUGAAGUAGAAGCUGAUUUAGAUGCUGACACAGAAACUGAUGAUGAUGAUGAUGAUGAUAAUGGUAUGGAGGAUGAAGAAAUUGAAGAUGAUGUUGCAUUAUUAAAUGCUUUGGAUGAUGCUGCAACAAUGCAGUCACACCAAGUGCAACAUCAGCAGCAACAACAACUACUAUUACAACAGCAGCAACAAGAGCAAUAUGUUCAAGAACCGCAUUUUGAUUAUUCACGCAUGGAAUACAGCUUUAGUAAUGGUGUAGCCACACAUAGUCUAAUCGGUGGCAAUAGUGUUGAUAUGGGUGAAGGCGGCAGCAUCAAUAUGGAAAAUAACGAUAAUAUCGUUUAUUCAACCAUGGAAUUGGAAUGUAUGCCCGGUUAUGAUGGUGGCUUGCAGCAGCAAUUCUUUUUAGAGGCAUAUGAUUCGAAAACAAAGAAAUUACGCUUAAAUACGACAAGCACGUACUCGGAUGUGCCCAUAUUCCGCAUUGAUUUAAGUGACCUAACAUCAAUGGAUUACUAUCCUGAUCCCAAUCCAGCACUGCAUCUCGUUGUCUACAGUGUUAAUCAAAAAGGGCGCUCAGAGCCAAUUGUGCUUGAGAACAUACCAAUUAAUGAGGCGGAAAAGCGCACAGAUGGACGCAUUGGUCUUUCCAUAUUACCACUGGCAGCACUGUUAACUGGCACACUUUUUACGGUUGGCAUCGCUGUGCUCUUCGUUGUUGUUGUAGCCGUGCGCAAACGACGCUGUCAAGGUGGACGCAGCAUGUGUGAUGACAAGGAUAAACAUUUGGGCAUGGACGUCACUGUUACAGCUCCAUUAGAAACCGGUGCUGGGCAUCAGCGUUUGGUUGUCGCCUACACACUUAAGCAAGGCAUUGAAAAACAACCGGAUAUAUUGAGCGCACAGAAGAGUGCAACCGGCAGCGCCACAUCAUCUCCGAUGGGCAGCCGGCCAAGUGGUCUUUACUGUGCUGCAAGCAGUGCGCCUGCUGUAGGCAAUAAUAUUGGAAUUGGUGGCAAUAAAUUAAACUUUUCUGGAGCAUCAACAUCAGAUUAUGACUCCUCGACAAUCAAUUACAAUGUAUCUCCUUCCAAUGAUCCACUACAACAACAACUCAACAGUCCGCCAUCGCAAUCGAGUACACUUAAGCUGACCAAUGAUUCACGUAAGAAUUUCCAAAACCUGCCUUUACUUUACGAUGCCCUGCCAAUGAAUCGCCAUGAUCCACUCAACUCAAACAUGAACUAUGCCGGCAGCAAUAGCACAUUAAGUUCGGGUGGUAGCGCUGGUAAUGCUUCCUUAACAAAUCAUGCCGCUUCCUCAUUACUACAAAAUAGUCUCGUCAACGGUCAUUACACAAAUCAUCAUACACUACCACAUCCAGCGACAACCCUGCAGCAUGCACAUGCUACACUACAGCACUUACCACCAUCAACAGCAGCUAAUGAACAGCUAAGCAUAGCCGACUAUUUAGCAGCAAGCAGCUUAAUAGACUACAAUCUGAGUAAGUCGACGACGGGCAUGUUGCCUGGCAACUGUAUCGGUGGUGGUAUGACACUGCCUAAAUCCUUAGGUAUGGGUUCCAUAUUAGGCAUUAACAGCAAUAACGCCAAUAACAUUGGUGGCACGCUUGGCACAAGCGCGGGUCAACAACAUGCAACCAACUUGAGCUCAGGCUCAGCAGCAACGAUUACACAGAAAACGAACGCUAGUCGCAAUCACAUAAUAACAGAUACGUUACCGGGUCCCGAGAGUUGUGUCUAAAUCCCAAGCUCUUGCUUUGAAACUAUAAGUGGGGGCGUGGCUGCAUGUUGACUAAAGACUGGUGCACAAAUUAAAUACUUGUUUAUAUAGAAGAAAAAAACUAAUAUUAAAGCUAAGUAAAUUUAGGUUAAUAACUAUUUAUGCAUUAUGGCAUAAUGAGAUACAUAUAUUUAAGGGUGUUUAA